CGGAAGCUAAAUUCCGGCAUUCUAGCUAGUUCUUCCGGCUUUCUUCACCCCUGGUACAUCCUACCAUCCUCAAGUCCUGAAGCCCCUGACUGGGCAGGAUGGGCCGGGGAGCAAAGCCGAAGAGUCUACGGCGCAAGUGAAAAGCGGCGCUCGGAGCCACCCACUGGCGGUGGACACGCAGGUCCCGACCGGCGUAGACUGCAGAGUAGGCCCUGCCGUAGCAAGCGUCUCCCGGCCACCGACGUCGCGUCGUCUUCCUCCAGGAUCGCUAGUGCCGGGCCUGCGCUCCUACCAACGGCACCCGGGGCCCAGUGCAUUCACAGGCCUCCCCUCCAAUGAUUCAAAAGUCACGCCCGGCGCUGCUGCAACACCAGGAUGUCGGAGACCGGGUGGAAACGCUUAUGUUGCAGCCAGUGAUCAAAGCUUUCUUGUGCGGCUCCAUCAGUGGGACCUGCUCUACCGUCCUCUUCCAACCCCUGGAUCUCCUCAAAACCCGCCUGCAGACCCUCCAACCCUCGGCCCAUGGGUCCAGACGUGUUGGCAUGUUGGCUCUGCUCCUGACUGUGGUUCGCACGGAGAGUCUGCUGGGCCUCUGGAAAGGGAUGUCUCCUUCCAUCGUGAGGUGUGUCCCUGGCGUUGGCAUCUACUUUGGCACCCUCUACUCUCUGAAGCAGUACUUCCUGCGAGGCCAUCCCCCCACCGCCCUGGAGUCAGUCAUACUGGGGGCGGGCUCCCGCUCGGUUGCAGGGGUCUGCAUGUCACCCAUCACUGUGAUCAAGACACGGUACGAGAGUGGGCGGUAUGGCUACCAGAGCAUCUACGCCGCCUUGAGGAGCAUCUGUCACAGCGAAGGGUUCCGGGGCCUCUUCAGUGGCCUGACAGCAACACUGCUGCGCGAUGCCCCCUUUUCCGGAAUCUACCUCAUGUUUUACAGCCAGACCAAAAACGUUGUGCUUCACGACCAGUUGGAUGCAGUCCUUGUUCCCGUUGUGAAUUUCAGCUGUGGGAUAUUUGCUGGGAUUCUGGCCUCGCUGGUAACUCAACCUGCAGAUGUGAUCAAAACUCACAUGCAGCUCUCCCCAGUGAAAUUUCGGUGGAUUGGCCAGUCAGUCACGCUCAUUUUCAAAGACUAUGGGCUGCGUGGCUUCUUCCAAGGCAGCGUCCCCCGGGCCCUCCGCAGAACCCUGAUGGCAGCCAUGGCGUGGACAGUCUACGAAGAGAUGAUGGCCAAGAUGGGCCUGAAGUCCUGACCCAGCGGGGACCGGGCAAAGACGGGACCUGUUGCCCUGCUUGGUUUCUGCCAAGGGCCGCUUCAUCUCACCACGCUGGAGUCGGAUGAAGUCCUAGCAGGAGAGCCUGGCAGACACAUCGCCUUCAGUUACUCAGUUCAAGAAGAGAAUAGGUGGGCUCAACUCAAAUAGGUGGACCCGACUUAAGCCUUCUGAACCUCCCAGAAGAGGAGUCCCUGAUAGAGCACGGUGGGGAGUCAGGAAAAGGGUCUGCCUACCUUACAAGGCCAUGUGAAAGGGCAUUUCCAGAGAGUGCUGUCGGUGGUCCCGCUCAGCCACCCACUACACCAUGCCGCCUCCUUGGAUCUGCUCCUGGGCAAGAAAUCACAACCCUAGAGAUGCUGUGAGCUGUCCCUCGUGUCUGAGGAGUUCCAGCAGCGAGACUGGAUCUGCCAAGCGAGGAGUCACACUCAUCAGGCUGAAGUCUCCCUCUGAGGUGAUGUUAGAAUGAAGAAGAAAAGAUGUCAUGACUUAACUGAUUCCUUGUUAAUUUCUAAGAGGCUCCAGGGAAGCAGGGAAGGGAAGUAGCUUCCUAGCCUCUAAGUGUCCAAGUAAUACUUUUUGGUCUCGGCCCGUGAACGGUUUCAACUCCCAAGUUGAUCUGGCAUUUUUCUGCAGCUAAAGUUGGGAUAAAUAAAGUGGAGCACUUUAUCAUUGGAAAACCUCAAGUGCCAUGAGUCCAUCCUACAGUGACAAAAUAAGGUGGCUAACACUUGAUCUGUAUAGGUCCUCAAGCUUAAAAUUGUUUAAAAUAGCUUUAUUUUAUAUGUUACAUGAUCUGCCCAUUCCAAAUACACAAUUCUGUGAUUUUUUAAAGUAACUUUACUGUCUGGUGCCGCCAUCAGCAUAAAUCAGUUUUAGAACACAUUCACACCCCAGUAAGAGCUCUUAUUUACGAUGAACCCUCAUUCCAAGCCCAGCAGCCACUGAUCUGCUUUCUGUCCAUAAAUCUGCCUUUUCUAUGCACCUCCUAUAAGGGGACUAAUACAAUGUAGUCUCGUGAAUCUUCCAUAUGAAGUCUCUUGUGUCUGGCUUCUUUCACUUAGCAUAACAUUUUGGAAGUUCAUCUAUGAUGUGGCAUCUUCAAUACUUUAUUCUUUUUUAUGGCCAAAUAUUGUGUGCCUAUUUUAUUUAUCCACUCAUCAGUUGAUGAAUGUGAAUUGUGAACACUUUUUGGCACUCAGGAAUAACGCUACUAUGAACAUUCCUGUAUGAAUCAUUUAUGUGGAUAUAUAUUUUCAUUUCCCUCGUGUACAUGCCUCGGAGUGGUGUUACUGGUGGUAUUACUCUUAUGGUUCUGGUGGUUACUGGCAGUUCUUGGCUUUCAUCACUCCAGUCUCUGUCUGUCUUCACAGUGCUUUCUCCCCCAUGUAUCUUUCUGUCUGGAUUUCCGAGUUUAAGUUUAUACUUUAUAUUUUAAGGUUAGAAUGCCCUGUGUACAGUUAUACUAUGUGGAGGAGUACAAGAGAGGAAAAGUGGGAUCCUAGUCUCGUGGCGCCUAAGCCACUAGUGCUUGGCGUGCUGUGUGUGAGGUUGUGUGCUGGGGCAAGCGGGAAGCACUUGCAGCUGGCAGCGGCGGACUUGGGGCGGGAAUGCAGGGCGGGCGGCUUAACCCAGAUGACGGAUGGGGCGUCUGCUGCCUGAGGACUGACAGCCUCUGAGGCAAGAUGCUCAGGGUUCUUGGCCUCUUCAGUCUUCUGUGACCACCCGCAUCUUGGGCUCUGGGAGCCUGGAGCCAGUGAGGGCCCUGCCAGGGACUCGGGAGGGAAGGAGCAGAGAUGAGGCCCAGAGGUGCAGGCUUCAUCCAGUACAAAUUUGCUCAUCUUACACACACUGAUGAAUUUCAGCUACCAGAGUCCCCUUCCCCACUCCUCAUUUUUUCUUUUGGGGGCAUAUCAUCUUAAAAUUUGGAGAAAUCAUCUCAUUUUCUCUAAAAGUGGGGUAAAACUGAAAUUCGCCUUUACGAAAUCUGACUCUAAGAGUGAAGGCUCCUGGCCUGGGGUCUGCAUAUCCCAGGCUCCAAGAAUUUUUUCCUCUCCCACUGUCUCCCACAAGUAUUGACAUUCAGGCAGGAAGUGGGUAGUGAGCUUCAGCUGACUUUGGAAACACUGCCCAGUGCCCACCCCCCCUCCUUUUUUUUUUAAAUUAAAAAAUUGUUAACUGCC